AUGAUCAAGCUUACAGUAAGCCUAAAAAGUGAUGGUGCCGUGUCUCACACCAUUUUGUUGGUACAGCUACCAAGAGGCCACAAGGCAGCAGACUACGAAUCCGUGAAUGAAUGCAUGGAAGGUGUUUGUAAAAUGUAUGAAGAGCAUCUGAAAAGAAUGAAUCCCAGCAGUCCCUCUAUCACAUACGACAUCAGUCAGUUGUUUGAUUUUAUUGAUGAUCUGGCAGACCUCAGCUGUCUUGUUUACCGAGCUGAAACCCAGACAUACCAACCUUAUAACAAAGACUGGAUUAAAGAGAAGAUCUGUAUGCUUCUUGGUCGUCGACAGGCCCAACAGGCUGGGAAAUAAGCUGGAAGCAUGAGGGGCGUGGGGUUGGGCUCAGAACACAGAUGGGGGAAGGGAACAGCCUCCUAUAGCGAAGGUUUUGUAUUGCGGUAAUCCUGUUUCCAUUGUGGUACAUUCUAACCCAUACAGACAGUGUUAGAGAAAAUGUGAGGAUCUGGUUCAAGCUAAAGUCCACUUGCCCCUUUCUCCCACUUUUUUUUUCUUUUUUUUUUUUUUUACUUCAAUCAUUUCUAUGAUGUUUUAGAUGGAGGUGAUUCUUUGUCAGUUUAUGUUGGUUCCAGUCCUUCCAAAUGUUCAUACCCGUAUAAUACUCAUUAUAUUAACCCUU